GCCCUGCAGCGCGCUGACCACAUGGACGGCCUCCCCGACGGGCUCGCUCACAUGGACGGCGGCUUAGCGGCAGAUAUUGUGACAGCAAAGUUCCUGGGACAGUGGGACUGGAGGGAUGAAGACGGCGACCUCGCGCGCCAGCAGGGCUCGCUCAGGUGCAGGUCUUCAUCACCGGAGUCCUCUUUUUACUCCGCGUGUUCGUCCCCCGAGAGCCAGGGAAAUGCCCGCGCCGGCCAAACACUCGCCGACUUUGCGCGUAAGCGGCAUGGAAGGAAACCCUCCAAGAGCUCGCAGCUGGGGGCGCCCAGGCCGAAGAUGUCGACCAAGAGGCGAAUGAAGGCGAGCGAGCGCGAGAAACUGCGCAUGAGAAGUUUGGCGGAAGCUCUGCACCAGCUGCGCGAUUACCUGCCGCCGGCCUACAGCCGCAGGGCGCAGCCGCUCACCAAGAUCCAGACGCUGAAGUGCACCAUCGAGUACAUCAAGGAGCUCUCGCACAUUCUCAGCCAAGAAUAACGGGACGGUCGUAUCUUUGGUUUGUUUUAUUUACAGUCAUCGCCAUGCGGAGGAUUUAUUGUCGCCAACGUGGAUGACGUACAUUGUAGCCUUCCCUUGUACAGAUUAACCCUUUCACUGGCCUGGUAUUGUACCUGGUCUUGUAAUUCUGAUGUAAAUACUAGUUCUGGCACUUUAUUUGGUGUGUCAGUUUACCUUAUUACCCUAUGUUUGUUUAUUUGUCAAACUUUCAAAAAUGAAAUUACAUAAUAAACUUUUCUUUAAACUCA